AUGGAGAACUCGGACUUUGCAAUGAUGCCCGAAGAGUUGAAGGAUGUCAUUCGUUCAAAAUUGCCUCCCAAGUCUCUGGCAAGGUGUAUUGUGGUUUCUAAGGAAUGGGAGAGGUCGAUUGGGGACAGACGCCUCCAGCAUGCGCAUUACCAAGAGUCCAAGAAACAACCCAUGCUUGUUCUUCUGAGGCUCUGUCAACGAAGAGUCUGGAACGACGGCGAACCUCAAUACGAGUCGUUCAAUACCGUCAACCAAGAGCGCCCGCAGCCGAUCGCUGAUCCUCACCAUGUGACAACGCUUCCAAACUCAGAUUUCGCCGUCACGUCCGGUGGACCUAUAAGAGGCCUCCUCUGCCUGCAUUACGACAGGUACCUCGUCCUCUGCAAUCCGGCGAUCAGAAAAUGUCUGACGGUGCUCGAGUUCGAGCCGGAGCCGCCGCAGACCCGAAAGAGAUUCAACCACCGAGGCUUUUUAUUUGGAUUUGACGAACAGUCCAAGGCUUUUAAAGUCAUAAAGACAGAGGCCGGUGACCACAAUUUACCUUGGCGCCAUCAGAUAUUCACCGUUCAACCCGGAGAGGUCAUAUGGCGUCAGAUCGACUGUCCUCGUCCCUACACGCCAAUCACCAACUCGCUCUCCAUUGAAGGUAACGUGUACCUGGGUGCGGCGCAUAACAAGACAUGUCUUGCAGUUACUGUGAAUUUGACUACAGAGUCGAUCUUGAUUACGGAGCUGCCUACGGCUUUCCUACUUAAGCUUGGUAUCACCAAACUGAGAAGUUACAAUGGCCAACCAUGUUUAGUUUCAGCAACUUAG